AUGGAAAGCUACAAGUGUAAGUUUUGCUUUAAGAGUUUCCUCAACGGAAGAGCUUUAGGUGGUCACAUGAGAUCUCACAUGCCUAAUCUUCACAAGUUUAGCAUUCAAGAAGAUGAAGAAAGGCCGAGUCAACUCAGUAACGAGAGUAAGUCUUAUGUUUCUUCCUCUGAAGAAGAAGAGGGGAAGAGAACGAUGGAUGAUGAAAGCGAGACAGAGUCGUCAAGAAAUAUUUUCAACUUGACAAGGAAACGUUCCAAGCGAACUCGGAAAGUAGAUUCUUUCUCGAGCAAGAAAAUGAAAACGAGUCAACUCGGUUACAAGAACGAGCCUGAGUACGAACCUCCACACAGCUCAGCUUCGGAUACAACGACGGAGGAAGAUCUUGCGUUUUGUCUCAUGAUGCUCUCGAGAGACAAAUGGAAGAAGAACAAAGUUAGUAGUAGUAAAGAAGAGAUCAACACCAAAGUAUCUGAACACCGAGACCGACCGGAUCAGCCGAUAGGGUAUAUAAAAGAAAAAGAAGCAUCAGAAGGUUACAAGAUUACAACUACUAAAGGGAGAUACACGUGCGAGACAUGUGGGAAGAUGUUUAAAUCUUAUCAAGCAUUAGGUGGGCAUAGAGCAAGUCACAAGAAGAACAGAGUUUCAAACAAAAUAGAGUAUGUUAAUGUGGUUGUUGCUCCAGAGAAGAGAAUCCAUGAAUGUCCUAUUUGUUUUAGAGUUUUCUCGUCGGGACAAGCACUAGGUGGUCAUAAGAGAUCACAUGGAAUAGGGAACUUGUCUGUACAGCAUCAUCAAGUUGAGACAGUGAAGGAGAAGAUGAUAGAUCUUAAUCUUCCUGCACCAACAGAGGAAGAAGAAGUCUCUAUGGUGUUUCAAUGA